AUGGUGAAAGAAAAGAAAAGAGCGGACAAACGGGCGGAUAAGUUUUCCCGCUCUCCCUCCACUGAUAAUCCAGACUUUUCCACACCAGACAGCAACGCUGCUAGACAAGAACUGUCCCCCAGGGCUGCCCCACCAUUGGAAACGCAUCUCAGUGAAUCAGGGCUCAGAAAAGAGUCCAAUGACGAUGCCCAGCUGAAUGAAGACGCCACUCAGUACGAAGAGCCCAUUCUCACCAAACUCAUAGUUGAAAGUGACCCGGGUAUGUUUUCAGAAGGACUUAUGCACGGACAAGGGACUUAUGUUUGGGCCGAUGGACUGAAAUAUGAGGGGGAGUUUGUGAAGAACAUGCCCAUGAAGCAUGGCGUGUACACGUGGCCGGAUGGCAGCACCUAUGAAGGAGAAGUGCUACACGGCAUGAGGCACGGAUUUGGUAUGUUCGUAUGUGGCACGCACCCCGUGUCCUACAUCGGCCAAUGGUGUCACGGCAAGAGACACGGGAAGGGCUCUAUUUAUUACAACCAAGAAGGUACCUCUUGGUACGAGGGGGACUGGGUAUACAACAUCAAAAACGGCUGGGGGAUAAGGUGUUACAAGUCUGGAAACAUAUAUGAAGGGCAGUGGCAGGACAACAUGAGUCACGGGGAAGGCAGGAUGAGGUGGCUGACGACCAACGAAGAGUACACGGGGCAGUGGGAGAAGGGCGUCCAGAAUGGCUUUGGAACACAUUCAUGGUUUCUAAAGAGAAUCCCCAACUCCCAGUACCCUUUGAGAAAUGAAUACAUAGGAGAGUUUGUAAAUGGAUAUCGUCAUGGCCAUGGAAAAUUUUACUAUGCCAGCGGAGCCAUGUAUGAGGGACAAUGGGUCUCCAAUAAAAAACACGGCAUGGGCCGAUUAACGUUCAAGAAUGGGCGUGUGUAUGAUGGCCUAUUUUCCAACGACCACAUAGUGGAGUUUCCAAAUCUUGAAGUUGAGUUCUUAAGUCACCUGGAUGGGUCCUCAGAAUCUUCCUUCAGGAGCUGGUGCCAGGGACCCUCCAUCAGUGCUGGUAGGGAAAUUAUCAGAAAGCUUGAUGGCAGUGAAAGUAAUUCUGUGUUAGGGUCGAGCAUUGAGCUGAACCUAAGUUUUUUGCUGAAUAUGUACCCCAAGGAACACCAAGCAGAGGAAAAGAAGCAGGUGGAAUAUGCUGUCUUAAGAAAUAUUACAGAAUUAAGAAGAAUCUAUAGCUUCUACAGCAGCCUAGGAUGUGAUCGCUCUCUGGAUAACACCUUUCUGAUGACAAAGCUUCACUUCUGGAGGUUUCUAAAAGAUUGCAAAUUUCAUCACCAUAAUAUAACUCUUGCUGAUAUGGACAGGAUAUUAAGCGCCAAUAAUGACAUUCCGGUUGAAGAAAUUCAUUCUCCAUUUACAACAAUACUUUUGAGAACAUUUCUGAAUUACCUCCUGCAAUUGGCUUACCACAUCCAUCACAAAGAAUUCCAAAACAGAAGCCCAUCACUCUUUCUGUGUUUUACCAAACUGAUGACUGAGAACAUUCACCCAAAUGCCGGCCGCGUAAAAGGCAAUUUAUUCAGUGGGCAACAGCGGACGCUCUAUUCCAUCAGCCACAUCAACAAGAGCUGGGAGAUUUACACGGUUUACUGCAGACCGCACGCGGCUCCUCCCCACGAGCCGUCCAUGAAGGUGCGACACUUCCUCUGGAUGUUGAAAGACUUUAAAAUGAUAAAUAAAGAAUUGACACCAGCCAAAUUUGUGGAGGUCAUCGCAGAGGAUAAUCCUUUCAUGCAUGAUGGCAUUGACAGCAACUUUGAACUUGAGCUGGUCUUCCUGGAGUUCUUUGAAGCUCUCUUAAGCUUUGCACUCAUCUCUGUUACUGACCAAAUGAUUAAAUCCUACUUGAAUUUUCUGAAUGAUGACUUGCCUGGAAACAAACAUGAAUCCUCUUACGUGUUUGUCCUUGCUCAGAACAUCCAGCACAGGAGUUCAAGUGUAGGAACAAGCCAGGAAUCUGAUCUGCAGGACAGCAGCACCACGUCCUCUUCAAGCAAGCUAGGACCCAUGCUUGACCUCAGCAAAAUGAAAUCAGAGCCCAGGAUCAGGAAGUCUCUGAGUGAUGAAAGAAUUUCCAAAUUGAAUUUUAAAUCUCCAGGAAAAGGCCUAACCUUUUCUUUACCUCAAAAUGAGAGAAAAGAGAAAUCUAAGGACGAACAAAAGGAAAAACUCACCGUCUGGAUCACGAGUAUGUAUAUCUUUUUUGUGAACAUGCUUUUCCAAGCACACAAACGUGUAGAAGCCCUCAAGGAGAAAGUCAGCAAAGACCGGCUACAGGACGCGGCCACGGCCCAUCGGCGGAGGCUGGAAAACGAAGAGCUGGAAGCCAGGCUGAAUAGCUUGAGAGAGGAAGAGACCAAAAAACAAGACUCUGAGGUGGACAUCACUGUGAUCAAGGAGCCGGUUGACGCCCCGUCCUCCAGUUUCACAUCGAGCCCCCCUAAAGAGGACACCGUGGUGUCCCAAUCCAGCAAGCCCAUCACAAGCAAGAAGAAGAGAAAGUAA